CAUAAAGAGGACUGCUUUGGAUCUGUAUGUUGACUAAAGCUUGUAUUAAAUAUUACCACACUUAUCUUGAUCGAUUACUUAUGAUACUUGAGUGUUGCUUCACUGCAAUCUCAUUUUGAGACCUUUGCUCCUUGCUUGCACAUAAAAGAAGACUUUCAACAAGGGUCCUGCAGAGAGUUUCCGCUGUGAUGCACAUUCUCAUUUUUUCUCCAUCUCUUUCUUAAAACUCCCAUAGCGUUCCUAUAUGUGCAACAGUCUUUGUUUUUAAAGAAAACGGAUCGAUUUUUGACUUUGCAAAGUGAGUACAGACUCAAUUCUUCAGGAUGUGGCUGCUGAUACUGUUGGUGUGUGUCCUGGUUUGGGCUGGGGGAACAUACUGGUACCUGUUCAGCAAGCCGAGUCCGUUUACCGUGGAGUCAGUGAGGCCUCCAGGACCUUUAGAGCUGGACCAGAGGAAGAGGGACAAAGUGCUGAAACAAGGAUUUACCAAAGAGAAGAUUCCAAAGAAUCUGGAUGCGGUUGUAAUAGGCAGUGGGAUCGGAGGAAUGGCGGCGGCAGCCACAAUGGCCAAAGCAGGGAAGAGAGUCCUGGUUCUGGAGCAGCACGACGUGGCCGGAGGCUGCUGUCACACGUUCACUGAGAAGGGUUUUGAGUUUGAUGUGGGACUUCACUACUUCGGCCAGCUGCAUGAAAACGGUCUGCUUAAGGUCGCUAUGGAUCAAAUCACUGAGGGUCAGAUGGAGUAUGUGGAGCUGCCGCAGCAUUUUGACAGCAUUGUGAUUGGCGACAGUGAGAAACGGAGAGACUACGCCAUCUUGAGUGGCAAGACUGAGAUGGAGCAGAACCUGAAGAAGAUCUUUCCAGAUGAUGUCAAAGCUGUGGAGGAGUUCUUUAAGAUCAUGAAGGUUACAGCCAGGAAGAUUCAUUAUUUGGCCAUUCUGAAACUGAUUCCACAGUGGCUGGCUCUGUUUCUGCUCAAAAGUGGCAUCGCUGACCUCUUCUCAUCCGUCUUUAGUCUCUCAGGCAUGAAUGCCACUGAGAUGAACAAGAAACUGACAAGCAACAAGGAUUUGCAUGUGAUCUUCUCAUAUUUCUUCUACGGUGUGCCUCCUAAAGAUUCCAGCUUUAUGAUCAAUGCUCUGAUGCUGCACCAUUUCAAGCGUGGUGCAUAUUACCCUAAAGGGGGCGCCAGUGAGAUCCCGUUCCACAUCACUAAAGUCAUACAGAAAUACGGGGGCAGUGUGCUGGUCCGAGCUCCGGUCAGUCGGAUCCUGGUUGAUAAGAAGGGAGCUGCUUAUGGAGUGACAGUGAAGAAAGGGGACGAGCAUGUUGAGAUUCGGGCUCCUGUCAUCAUCUCCAACUGUGGGAUCUUCAACACCUUCCAGAAGCUCUUACCUCCAGAAAUACAAGGCAAACCAGGGAUUCAGAGUCGUCUGGAUAUGAUGAGGCCCGGUAAAGCCUCGUUCCUCCUGUUCUCUGGGUUUGAUGCGACGCAGGAAGAGUUAGACAUCGUGCCCAACAGCAUCUGGCUCUUCAAAUCCAACGACAUGGAUGCCAUGAUGGACGAGUUCUUCGGUAUGAGUAAAGACGAGGCACCAGAAAACAUUCCCAUGAUGCUCAUCACCUUCCCCUCAGCCAAAGAUUCCACAUCACAGAUCCGGCACCCAGGCAAGUCAUGCAUGACCAUCCUGACCAUGGUGAAUUAUGAAUGGUUUGAAGACUGGAAAGACACUAGAGUGAGGAAAAGAGGCGACGAUUAUCACAGCUACAAGAUGAGAUUUGGCAACUCUCUCUUUGAAUGGGCCUGCAAACACUUCCCAAAACUCAGAGACAAGCUGGUGUAUCAGGAGGCCGCCACUCCUCUGACAAACAUGCACUACCUCAGCUGUAACCGAGGGGCCAUUUACUCUGCUGAUCACAACCUGGACCGCUUCUACGCAGAAGCCAUGGCUCGAAACCGCUGCGACACUCCUGUCAAAAACCUUUAUUUGUCAGGUCAGGACAUUUUUAGCUGUGGUAUCGCCGGUGCAUUGCAUGGUGGUCUCCUCUGCGCCUCCACCGUCCUAAACUACCCUGUGUACAUCGACCUCUUGUUUAUCAAGAAAAAACUCAAGUGGAAGAAAGCAAAGGAGGCAGCGAAGCUGGCAAAGCAGAAGCAGCAGUGAUGAAGCUGUCAGGAGGGAGAACUGAAAAAAUAGAAAAAAAUGUAACAUUUUUUAUUUUAUUUUUUUUAGCUAAAAUGAUGACAAUAGAAUGUCACUUUUCAAUCCAGAUUUGUAAAACUUUGUAUUUGUAACAUCAACACAUCGCUAAAGCUUCUUCAACCAGACCUCCCACCUGUUCUCUUCUAACACAUGUCUGAUCCCCAUGGAUAUUUGUGCACUAGCAGGACUCAAAGGACCUGUGGGAAACCUCAGACUUCCUGGUUUAAGUGGACAUUUCCCCUAGGACAGAUUGGUUGGUAUAACACGGCCUCUGAUGGACGUGUGUAUUUGGAUGGGGAGGAGGAUAUGAUAUGAAUGCCCUCACUGUGAUUCACUGCGCCUAAAAAAACGCUCUGCUCCUGUAAGCCUGAGUAUGUACUGCAGUGACAUAAACUAAUGGACUAAAGCCUUGAAAAGUAUGUUUUAGGAAAUUCAUGUUCAUUAAAAACACAGUUUUCAUUAAGGCAAAUUUGUCAGGGCUGAAAGUGAGAUGUCACAGGAAGACAAAGCCUGUUAAUAAAAUAAAGUACUCCUCCUGUCUUCCGACUAAGAGUUAUGAAAAUUCUCCAGGACUUGGAUUACACAUUUUCAAACAGGCCAGAAUAAACAGAAAUGAACUUGUUUAAGAUGCAGAGGAAGAGCAAUUUGUUUGAACAGUGACCAAAAGCACUUAAGGGAACCAAAACAUAUAGAUGCAGCCAGAUGGGUGAAAUGGACCCAGUAAUCUCAGAGCAUUUCAUGGAUGAUUACAACUGCAUGAGAGACUCUCUAUCACAGCACACCGAAAUGCAGUCAUGUAGUGAAUCAUAUACAGUAGUAAUGAAUGCAAAACUAAACGGGAGCAUAACCAGGCAGAAACUUUGGAGUAUGACAAGAAAAACUAAAACUGAAUGGUUCAGGCCAAGGUUAUUACAGUUAACUAAAAUCCUCAAUAAUUCUUACUUAAGAUAAAUGUUAACUGAAAUGAGUGUUAAAUGUGCGUGUGUGUAAAUAUGUAUAUGUGUGACCCUGGAACACAAAAGCAGUCUUAAGUCUCUGGGGUAUAUUUUUAGCAAUAGCCAAAAAAAGCAUUGCAUGGGUCAAAAUCAUCUAUUUUUCUUUUAUGCCAAAAAUAAGUAAAGAUCAUGUUCCAUAAAGAUAUUUUUUACAUUUUCUACUGUUAAUAUAUAAAAACAUAAUUUUUAAUUCGUAAUAUGCAUUGCUAAGAACUUCAUUUAGGCAACUUUAAAGGAGAUUUUCUUAGUAUUUAGAUUGUUUUGCACCCUUAGAAUCCAGAUUUUCAGAGCUGUAUCUCUAAUAUU